CAAACCAGACUUAUUAGCAGACGAUCAAUAACCUCUCGAGAAAGAAACAUAAAAAAAUGUAGAAGGAUUCUAAAUAAAGACGUGAAUUAAUUGAAAAACAGUAGAGAAUGAAUAAUAGUGACGAUUGUACGAACGGUCGCAAAUUACCGGAGGAGAUCAUAGAACACAUCUUCUCUUAUUUAUCCCUCUACACUGACUUGAAAAAUUGCAUGUUGGUUUGCAAAUACUGGAAGAGUAUAGUUGAAAGUAAGCAAACGACUCUUUCCCCCAUUCACUAGCAUUAAUAAUCUAACACACAAUGUUCUAUUAAACUUUAGAUUCUAUUAAUCGAUAUCAAAGAAAAUUCAGGAAUUGCCUCAAAACGAAUAAUCUGACAGUGUACGAAUUGAAUGAUAAUAAUGUAAAUUCAGAAGCUUUCCGAUAUCCUCCGGCCAGGCACUCAUCUUGUAUGGCUUAUGCCCAGGGUUUUAUUUAUGUCUUUGGUGGCUGUACAACACACUCGACGGCAUUUAAUGAUUUAUGGAGGUUGGAUCUCAGUAAUGCAAAGUGGUCUAGGCUGUCACAAACCGGUAAAAGUCAGUGUCCCUUACCAAAAGCUGGUCCUACAUUGACUUUUUACAGUAAAAAUCUUAUCCUAUGCGGAGGUUACAAAGUACUAUCAAAUGAAACUACAAAAUCGGAAAUGAAAUGUGAAAGUGAUAUACAUUUUUACGAUCUCAACACCUCAACCUGGAUAAAGCCUGAGAAUGUCGCCAAUGAGGUGUUAACUUUAGGUCACGGAGCAUGUUGCAUAGGGAAUCAGUUAUAUGUGACUUGUAAUUCAUACGAGAAUUCUGUUUGGAGAUUCGUUGUUAAGUCUUUAAAUUUAGAUACUCUAGAAUGGAAAACUAUUCGUACAUUUGGUGCUCAACCGGCUAAGAGAAGCCACCAUUCGCAGCUAGCCUUAAGUAAUCGUGUGUUAAUCUUCGGCGGUUUAUGGCAAGAAUACGGAAAUAUUAGGCCCGUCCCGGAUGCGUAUUUUCUUUGUUUGGAUACCUCAGAAUGGACUAAAAUUACCAUAUCUGUCAAUCCAAGUGAUAUAUGCAUUAAGUGGAAUGCUCCUCUUAUUCAGGUCGGCGAUUGUAUUGUGGCUUUCGCUAAGAAAAGAAUUGGAGAUGGAUAUGUUAGAUUCGAAGAGAGUAGCAGAAAAAUUCAAAUUCAAAAAUAUUCUGACAUAGAAGAAAAUCAAGUUCCAAGUGAAAACAUUUCCGAGCCAAUUAAUGAUGCCACUCAACAGUCAACAAGGGUUUUCGUUCCACCAGAUCGAGCAAUGACGAAGAGGGAAAAGCAGUUGUAUAUUUUACGAAUGCAUGAACAACGUUUAAGAGAGUUACAAAAGAAAGCUGUGCCAUCAAAAACUAGCGAACCAACUUGGCAAAACAAGAAAACUUUAACCGGUGCCAAACACUAUAAGCCAGCUCUUAUUUGUACGUUCGAUGCCAACAUCUUAAAAGAAGAAAACAAACUACAACGCGUUGAAGUCAACCUUGAACUGUCUAUACCUGAUCUGGCCUUCUUCAAUGCAGCUCUUGCUCAUUGUGAACUAGUUUUAUUUGGAGGUCUAGAAAGAGAUGAAAAAGAGAUUACUAGUUCGACAAACGGAACUUAUGUUGUAACUAUGCCUGAUAGGCCUGUAUAG